AUGUCCUGCUACGACCUGUGUCCUCCCACCCCCUGUGGCCCAACCCCGCUGGCAAAUAGCUGCAACGAGCCCUGUGUCAGGCAGUGCCAGGACUCGACAGUGGUGAUCCAGCCCUCUCCCGUGGUGGUGACCCUGCCAGGACCCAUCCUCAGCUCCUUCCCCCAGAACACCGCUGUGGGAUCCUCAGCAUCCGCGGCUGUCGGGACCGCGCUCAGUGCUGGAGGGGUCCCCAUCUCCUCUGGCAGCUCCUUGGGAUUUGGGAGCUUUGGCUACCCAGGCCUGGGCAGCAGGUACAGCCGGGCCAACACCUACCGCAGUGGCUUCUAUGGGCCGUGCUAA